AUGACAUAAUAGAAAAAAUAUUUCGACAAUUUAGAAUAAUUUUUAAACUCUUCACUUUAAUCUCAUUAGGUUCUUCAUAUAAUUCAGAGUUUCAAUAAAAUUACUACUGAAGAUGUAUCAGAUUUAGGUUCUGCUUUAGCAAAUUGCACUAAUCUCUUCAAUUUGACACUUUAACUUAAUGAUAAUCAAAUUGGUGUAAAAGGGGCAUCUAGCUUAGCCUCUGCUUUAGCAAAAUGCGCUAAUCUCUCAAAUUUGACACUUGAUCUUCGUUAUAGUUAAAUUGGUGCAAUUGGUGCAUCAGGCUUAGUUUCUACUUUAGCAAACUGUGCUAAUCUCUCAAAUUUGAAAUUUAGUCUCUGUGGUAAUAAAAUUGGCAAUCAAGGUGCAUCAUAAUUAAGUUGUGCUUUAGCAAAAUGCAAUAAUAUCUCAAAUUUGAAACUUAUUGUAAGUAAAAAUAAUAUUGGCACAAUUGGCCUAUCAAACUUAGGUUCUGCUUUAGCAAAAUGCUCUAAUCUCUCAAAUUUGACACUUGAUCUUAGUAAAAAUGAUAUUAAUGACGAAGGUGCAUCAGAAUUAGGAAGUGCUUUUGCAAAUUGCAACAAUCUCUUAACUUUGAUACUUUGUCUUAGAGAAAAUAUAAUUGGUGACCAAUGUGCUUUAGGCUUAGGUUCUGCUUUAGCAAAUUGCACUAACCUCUCCAAUUUGAUACUUGAUCUUAGUGACAGUUAAAUUGGCGUAAUUGGUUAAUCAGGCUUAGGUUCUGCUUUAGCAAAUUGUACUAAUCUCACCAGUUUGGCACUUUAUCUUGCAGGCAAUAAAAUAGGUGAUGAAGGCAUAUCAAACUUAGGUUAAUCUUUAGUAAAUUGCAAUAAUCUCUUAAAUUUAGAACUAUAUCUUAGUUUCAAUUAAAUUGGUGAUCAAGGUGUUUCAAGUUUAGGUUUUGCUUUAGCAAGAUGCACUAAUCUCACAAAUUUGACACUUUAAAUUAGUUACAGUUAAAUUGGUGAUAAUGGUGCAUCAAUUUUAGGUUCAGCAUUAGAAAAUUGUACUAAUCUCUCACAUUUAACACUUGAUCUUAGCGAAAAUUAAAUUGGUGUAAUUGGUGCAUCAGAUUUAGGUUUUGCUUUAGUAAAUUUUGCUAAGCUCUCAAAUUUGGAACUAGAUCUUCUUGACAAUAAUAUUGGUACAGUUGGUGUAUUAGGCUUAGGCUCUACUUUAUCAAAUUGCACUAAUCUAACAAAUUUGACACUUUAUCUUAGUAGGAACAAUAUCAAUGAAUCAUAAUAAUUGAAAGUAAAAAGCAAGUGUCUUAAAUCAAAAAGAUUAGUAGUCUCUUUAGUAAAUUUCUAUUGA